AUGGUGGAGAGGGGAGGUACAGCAAGCUCAUCUGUGCACAGUACGACUGGACCACCCAGUACUUCAGAAAAAGCCGCCCAUGUUCCAGAAGCGACUCCCACAUAUUCAGAAGCAAAUGAAGUUGCUGGUGAAGCAGCUACGUGGGGCAAGGGCACGUACAAAGCUCUCAAUGGCCGCAUCUUUUCCUUCGAGUCUGAGUGCACAUUCACUUUCUGCCGCGAUUGUGCUGAGUCUGGAGGAGGAGACUUCAAUAUUGAGAUCCAGAGGCACAAGAAUGGCGAUAUUGAAGAAAUCAAAGCUCUGAUCGAUGACGUUGGGAUCUUGGUUGUGCAGAAUACUAUUUAUGUCAAUGAAGAAAGGGCACAGAUACCAUUAAGCAAUAAGAUGAUUCAUAUUAAGAAGCAAGGUGAUCACUAUGUUCUCAAAACCCGCAGAAGAAUCUUGUCUCUAAGGUGGGGCAAGGACAAACUCUCACUCACUCUUUACAGCCAGUAUAUAACCUGUGGUAUCUGCGGAAACUUCAGCAGUGUCCCAGGUGAAGAUAUUAAUGAACACAUUGCCAACAGCAAAAUUUCCAAUGACUGCCCCCGUGCUUUGAGCAGGAGCAAUGAAGUCUGUGAGGACGGAGUCCAGUAUUGUGACAAAAUUAUUGGAACAUACUUUGAGAAAUGUGCGAAAGUUUCCCCUUUAGUGAGUGGGUACAAAAACGUGUGUGUUGAUGAGUACUGUAGAACCGGAGGGGGCAAGCAGGCUACAUGUGACACCUACUCGGAACUAGCCCGCCUGUGUGCCUAUGAUGGUCCUGGCGUCUUUGAACACUGGCGAGAUGACUCUGCUGUGGUUUGUGCAAAGCAACAAUGUCCAGGGAAGCACAUCUACAAAGAAUGUGGACCUGCAAACCCUCCAACAUGCUCAAAUGUGGCUCCAUUCCAAGACAGUGAAUGUGUGAGUGGCUGCACCUGUCCAGAAGGUUACCUAUUGGAUGACAUUAGAGAGAAAGGAAAGUGUGUAUUAAAGGAAAAAUGUCCCUGUGAAUCUAAUGGAAAAGUGUAUAAGCCAGGAGAAGUCCGACAAGGCCCCUGUGGCUCUCAAUGCACAUGCCAAGAAGCUAAGUGGUCUUGUACCGAAGCCCGAUGUCCUGGGAGAUGUAAAGUGGAAGGGAGCUCAUUUACCACUUUUGAUGACAAUAAAUUCAGCCACCCUGGAGACUGUCACUUCUUGGCUGUCCAUAAUGAUGAAAUUUCUAUUAGCGUGGAGAUCCACCCAUGCGGGGGUGGUCAGACAGGAUCAUGCUUAACCAGUGUUAUGGUUCUUCUGAAUUCUUCUACUUCAGGUAACAGAUUUGUGUUUAAUCGUGAUGGGACAGUCACAAAGGAUGGAGUAAUAAUUAAAGGUUAUUACUAUUCAGAUGGUGUGCAGAUCUUCAAUUCAUCUUCUUUAUACAUGCAAGCAGAAAUACUCUCUCAUAUAAAGAUGCAAAUACAAAUGGCUCCUAAGAUGCAGUUGUAUGUGUCCUUGGCUCCUGACACAGCCACAGACACUGUAGGUCUUUGUGGUUCCUUCAACAAUAAGGCAGAAGAUGAUUUCAUGUCAAGUCAGAAAAUUCUGGAGAGCACAGCUCAGGCGUUUGCUAACUCCUGGGAGAUGAUGCCUUGCCCUAAGGGAAGCCCCUCUUCCUGUGUCAGCAUUGAAACAGAGAAGUUUGCUGAAAGUAACUGUGAGAUUCUUCUCAGUUCAAGUGGGCCUUUUGCUGCCUGUCAUCAAACUGUGAACCCCAAAUUCUAUCAUGAGGAAUGCAAAAAAUAUACGUGCUCCUGUGAAGACAGUCAGGAUUGCCUGUGUACAGUUUUAGGGAACUAUGUAAAAGCAUGUGCUGAAAAAGAAACAUACCUCGUGGGAUGGAGAGACGGGCUGUGUGAGGUGUCUUGUCCAACUGGUCUUGUUUUCAACUACAAAGUGAAAACCUGCAACAGUUCUUGUCGAUCGCUGUCGGCACGAGACCGAAGCUGCGAUGUAGAAGACCUUCCGGUUGACGGAUGCACUUGCCCCGACGGAAUGUACCAGAAUAAUGAAGGGAACUGUGUAGAGAAAUCUGAGUGUGACUGCUAUGUUAAUGAUGAGAUUGUGCAACCAGGCAAAUCCAUCCUUAUUGAUGACAAUAAAUGUGUCUGUCAGGAUGGAUUGCUUCAUUGCCAAACCCCCCUUGAUUUAACUCUACAAAACUGUUCCAGAGGGGCUGAAUAUAUAGACUGCAAAGAUCCCAAGGCACAGAGAAGGACUGAAAGGACAUGUGCUACCCGAAACAUACCCGAUUUUGAGGGUGACUUGCCUUGCAAACGUGGGUGCUACUGUCCUGUAGGAAUGGUCCGUAAUUCUAAAGGGAUAUGUAUACAUCCUGAUGACUGCCCCUGCUCUUUUGGUGACAGAGAAUAUGAACAAGGAAGUGUUACUUCUGUUGGCUGCAAUGAGUGUACUUGCAUAAAAGGGUCUUGGAACUGUACCCAAAAUGAGUGUCAGUCAACUUGCCAUGUCUACGGAGAAGGACAUUUUAGAACUUUUGAUGGAGAAACUUACAGCUUUGAUGGGCUCUGCCAGUAUACAUUCCUUGAGGAUUACUGUGGCCAAGAAAAUGGCACAUUCCGUAUUUUAAUCGAGAGUGUCCCUUGCUGUGAAAAUGGGCUCACCUGCUCCAGAAAAAUCAUCGUGGCUCUCCAGGAUCAGAACAUCAUCUUACAAGAUGGCAAAGUAACAGCAGUUCAAACUGCUGAAAGUACGGAUUGCAGCGAGCGCAGUGCAAACUUGUACUCAAUCCACACAGUCGGCCUGUAUCUGAUUGUUAAGCUUCUGAAUGGAAUCAUCCUGAUUUGGGAUAAAUACACAAAAGUAUCUGUUAUCCUGGACCCAAGCUGGCAGAACAAAGUGUGUGGUCUUUGUGGAAAUAACAAUGGUGAUCUUAAGGAUGACUUCACAACAAGGCACUCUUCAGUAGCUUCAGGAACACUGGAAUUUGCAAACAGCUGGAAAACAACUCAGGAGUGUUCAGAUACAAUAACUCAAAGCUUCCCGUGUGAUUCGAACCCAUACUGCAAAGCCUGGGCUGAGAAGAAAUGUGAGAUUAUCAGGGAUAACACCUUCAGAGACUGCCACAGCAAGGUGGACCCCACGACUUACUACAAUGCAUGUAUUGAAGAAGCCUGUUCAUGUGACAUGGAAGGGAAGUACCUUGGCUUCUGUACUGCUGUGGCAAUGUAUGCAGAGGCGUGCAAUGCAGCCGGAGUCUGUGUCUCGUGGAGAAAGCCAAAUCUUUGCCCUGUGUAUUGUGACUACUACAACGCCCCUGGGGAGUGCAGCUGGCACUACGAACCCUGUGGUACAGUGACAGCCAAAACGUGCAAAGAUCAGGUUAUUGGCCAGAGGUUGUCUUCACUUUUAGAAGGUUGUUAUGCCAAGUGUCCAGAAAAUGCACCCUACCUGGACGAGAACACUAUGAAAUGUGUCCAAUUAUCCCAGUGUAGCUGCUUCUACAACGAUGUCAUACCAGCAGGGGGCGCUGUUGUGGAUGACUGUGGAAGAACAUGCUCCUGUUCUGCCGGCGAGUUGGAUUGCAGCGAAACUCCUACAAAUUCAACGACAACAGAUUCCUCAACUAACCUGUUUUUCUACAUCCUAUGUUCCCACACAGUUUCUACGGCCACGACUACUUCUGUAUUAAGCACAUCCGCCGUGACAACGAGGGCCAGCAGCUCCACCUCAGGGACAGUGGAAACAACAGAGCUUCUGGAUAGCACAGACAGUGCAGGCUCCACUGCUGCAAUAGCUGUCACCACACAAGCAGCCUCUCCUGAAACCUCAGCUCCAGCCUCCACAGCUUCAGGGCACUCCACCACAGCAGGCCCUGCUGCAAACUCAGCUCCUGCUGCCUCCACAACUGAAAGAGCUGGCCCCACAGAAGGCCCAGAUGUCACCUCAGCUCCUGCUAGUUCCACAUCUGGGAGAACUGCCACUACCACCAACACAGUCAAUUCAACUAGAUUAUCUGCUCCUGCUGCCUCCACAUCUGCAGGGGAAGGCACUUCAGCUGCCCCUAAUGGAACUCCAGCUCCUGUUUCCACAGCUGGAAAAGGAAGUAGCCCAACAGGAUCCAGUGCAACAAGCACAGGUCCUGCUGUCUCCUCAGCUAGGGCUACUGGCAGCACAGAAGCACCUGCUGCUGGAAGCUCCUCUGCUGCUUCACCUGCUGCACCCACUGCUGGAACAAAUGUCCCAAGUGCUGCCUCUAGUGCAACCUCAGCUCCUGUCUUCUCCACAUCUGGACAAAGUAGCACCCCACCAGCAGGAACUGUAGGCACCUCACACACUGAAUCCUCAAAUGUUGCAAUAGCUGGCACCACCACAGCAGGCUAUCCUGAAACCUCAGCUCAGGCCUCCACAGCUGCAGGACACUCCACCACAGCAGGCCCUGCUGCAAGCUCAGCUUCUGCUUCCUCACAAACAGAAACUGCUGGCUUCAGAAGAGUCCCAGCUGUCACCUCAGCUCCUGCUAGUUCCACAUCUGGGAGAGCUGCCACUACCACCACCACCACCACCACAACCACCACAGAAGCUUCUGCUGGAUCCUCUGCUCCUGCUAGUUCCACAACUGGGAGAGCUGCCACUACCACCACCACCAUCAGGACCACCAACACCAUAGAAGCUUCUGCUGGAUCCUCUGCUCCUGCUGCCUCCACAUCUGCAGGGGAAGGCACCCCAGCUGCCCCUAAUGGAAGUCCAGCUCCUGCUUCCACAGCUGGAGAAGGAGGUAGCCCAACAGGUUCCAGUGCAACAAGCACAGGUCCUGCUGUCUCCUCAGCUAGGGCUACUGGCAGCACAGAAGCACCUGCUGCUGGAAGCUCCUCUGCUGCUUCACCUGCUGCACCCACUGCUGGAACAAAUGUCCCAAGUGCUGCCUCUAGUGCAACCUCAGCUCCUGUCUUCUCCACAUCUGGACAAAGUGGCACCCCACCAGCAGGAACUCUGCAGGACACUCCACCACAGCAGGCCCUGCUGCAAUCUCAGUUCCUGCUGCCUCCACAACUGAAAGAGUUGGCCCCAGAGCAGUCACAGAUGUCUCCUCAGCUCCUGCUAGUUCCACAUCUGGGAGAACUGCCACUACCACCAACACGGUCCCUUUGGCUAGAUCAUCUGUUCCUGCUGCCUCCCCAUCUGCAGGGGAAGGCACUUCAGGUGCCCCUAAUGGAAGUCCAUCUCCUGCUUCCACAGCUGGAAAAGGAAGUAGCCCAACAGGUUCCAGUGCAACAAGCACAGGUCCUGCUGUCUCCUCAGCUAGGGCUACUGGGAGCACAGCAGCACCUGCUGCUGGAAGCUCCUCUGCUGCUUCACCUGCUGCACCCACUGCUGGAACAAAUGUCCCAAGUGCUGCCUCUAGUGCAACCUCAGCUCCUGUCUCCUCCACAUCUGGACAAAGUAGAACCCAAGCAGCAGGACAAUCCAGCACCUCAGCCACUGCAGCCUCCACUGCAGGCAGAGCAGGCACCACCACAGCAGCCUCUCCUAAAACCUCAGCUCAGGCCUCCACAGCUGCAGGACACUCCACCACAGCAGGCCCUGCUGCAAGCUCAGCCCCUGCUUCCUCACAAACAGAAACUGCUGGCUUCAGAAAAGUCCCAGCUGUCACCUCAGCUCCUGCUACCUGCUGCCUCCACAUCUGCAGGGGAAGGCACUUCAGCUGCCCCUAAUGGAACUCCAGCUCCUGCUUCCACAGUUCGAGAAGGAGGUAGCCCAACAGGUUCCAGUGCAACAAGCACAGGUCCUGCUGUCUCCUCAGUUGGGGCAACUGGCAGAACAGCAGCAACUGCUGCUGGAAGCUCCUCUGCUGCUAUUCCCGCUGCACCCACAGCUGACUCAAGUGUCCUGAUGGUUGUGUCUAGAUCAACUUCAGCUCCUGUCUCCUCCACAUCUGGACAAAGUGGCACCCCACCAGCAGGAACUGUAGGCACCUCACACACCGAAUCUUCCACUGCUGCAAUAGCUGGCACCACCACAGCAGCCUCUCAAGAAUCCUCAGCUCCAUCCUCCACAGCUGCAGGGCACUCCACCACAGCAGGCCCUGGUGCAAACUCAGCUUCUGCUUCCUCACAAACAGAAAGUGCUGCCUUAAGAAGAGUCCCAGCUGUAACCUCAGCUCCUGCUAGUUCCACAUCUGGGAGAGCUGCCACCACCACCACCACCACAAACACCACGGAAGCUUCUGCUGGAUCCUCUGCUCCUGCUAGUUCCACAACUGGGAGAGCUGCCCCUACCACCGCCACCAUCAGGACCACCAACACCAUAGAAGCUUCUGCUGGAUCCUCUGCUCCUGCUGCCUCCACAUCUGCAGGGGAAGGCAGCCCAGCUGCCCCUAAUAGAAGUCCAGCUCCUGCUUCCACAGCUGGAGAAGGAGGUAGCCCAACAGGUUCCAGUGCAACAAGCACAGGUCCUGCUGUCUCCUCAGCUAGGGCUACUGGCAGCACAGAAGCACCUGCUGCUGGAAGCUCCUCUGCUGCUUCACCUGCUGCACCCACUGCUGGAACAAAUGUCCCAAGUGCUGCCUCUAGUGCAACCUCAGCUCCUGUCUCCUCCACAUCUGGACAAAGUGGCACCCAAGCAGCAGGACAAUCCAGCACCUCAGCCACUGCAGCCUCCACUGCAGGCAGAGCAGGCAACACCACAGCAGCCUCUCCUGAAACCUCAGCUCAGGCCUCCACAGCUGCAGGACACUCCACCACAGCAGGCCCUGCUACAAGCUCAGCCCCUGCUUCCUCACAAACAGAAAGUGCUGUCUUCAGAAGAGUCCCAGCUGUCACCUCAGCUCCUGCUAGUUCCACAUCUGGGAGAGCUGCCACUACCACCACCACCACAAACACCACAGAAGCUUCUGCUGGAUCCUCUGCUCCUGCUGCCUCCACAUCUGCAGGGGAAGGCACUUCAGCUGCCCCUAAUGGAACUCCAGCUCCUGCUUCCACAGUUCGAGAAGGAGGUAGCCCAACAGGUUCCAGUGCAACAAGCACAGGUCCUGCUGUCUCCUCAUUUGGGGCAACUGGCAGAACAGCAGCAACUGCUGCUGGAAGCUCCUCUGCUGCUAUUCCCGCUGCACCCACAGCUGACUCAAGUGUCCUGAUGGUUGUGUCUAGAUCAACUUCAGCUCCUGUCUCCUCCACAUCUGGACAAAGUGGCACCCCACCAGCAGGAACUGUAGGCACCUCACACACCGAAUCCUCCACUGUUGCAAUAGCUGGCACCACCACAGCAGCCUCUCAAGAAUCCUCAGCUCCAUCCUCCACAGCUGCAGGGCACUCCACCACAGCAGGCCCUGGUGCAAACUCAGCUUCUGCUUCCUCACAAACAGAAAGUGCUGCCUUAAGAAGAGUCCCAGUUGUCACUUCAGCUCCUGCUAGUUCCACAUCUGGGAGAGCUGCCACCACCACCACCACCACAACCACCACAGAAACUUCUGCUGGAUCCUCUGCUCCUGCUAGUUCCACAACUGGGAGAGCUGCCACUACCACCACCACCAUCAGGACCACCAACACCAUAGAAGCUUCUGCUGGAUCCUCUGCUCCUGCUGCCUCCACAUCUGCAGGUGAAGGCACCCCAGCUGCCCCUAAUGGAAGUCCAGCUCCUGCUUCCACAGCUGGAGAAAUAGGUAGCCCAACAGGUUCCAGUGCAACAAGCACAGGUCCUGCUGUCUCCUCAGCUAGGGCUACUGGCAGCACAGAAGCACCUGCUGCUGGAAGCUCCUCUGCUGCUUCACCUGCUGCACCCACUGCUGGAACAAAUGUCCCAAGUGCUGCCUCUAGUGCAACCUCAGCUCCUGUCUCCUCCACAUCUGGACAAAGUGGCACCCAAGCAGCAGGACAAUCCAGCACCUCAGCCACUGCAGCCUCCACUGCAGGCAGAGCAGGCACCACCACAGCAGCCUCACCUGAAACCUCAGCUCAGGCCUCCACAGCUGCAGGACUCUCCACCACAGCAGGCCCUGCUACAAGCUCAGCCCCUGCUUCCUCACAAACAGAAAGUGCUGUCUUCAGAAAAGUCCCAGCUGUCACCUCAGCUCCUGCUAGUUCCACAUCUCGGAGAGCUGCCACUACCAACACCACCACAAACACCACAGAAGCUUCUGCUGGAUCCUCUGCUCCUGCUGCCUCCACAUCUGCAGGGGAAGGCACUUCAGCUGCCCCUAAUGGAACUCCAGCUCCUGCUUCCACAGUUCGAGAAGGAGGUAGCCCAACAGGUUCCAGUGCAACAAGCACAGGUCCUGCUGUCUCCUCAGUUGGGGCAACUGGCAGAACAGCAGCAACUGCUGCUGGAAGCUCCUCUGCUGCUAUUCCCGCUGCACCCACAGCUGACUCAAGUGUCCUGAUGGUUGUGUCUAGAUCAACUUCAGCUCCUGUCUCCUCCACAUCUGGACAAAGUGGCACCCCACCAGCAGGAACUGUAGGCACCUCACACACCGAAUCCUCCACUGUUGCAAUAGCUGGCACCACCACAGCAGCCUCUCAAGAAUCCUCAGCUCCAUCCUCCACAGCUGCAGGGCACUCCACCACAGCAGGCCCUGGUGCAAGCUCAGCUUCUGCUUCCUCACAAACAGAAAGUGCUGCCUUAAGAAGAGUCCCAGCUGUAACCUCAGCUCCUGCUAGUUCCACAUCUGGGAGAGCUGCCACCACCACCACCACCACCACCACCACCACCACCACAGAAGCUUCUGCUGGAUCCUCUGCUCCUGCUAGUUCCACAACUGGGAGAGCUGCCCCUACCACCGCCACCAUCAGGACCACCAACACCAUAGAAGCUUCUGCUGGAUCCUCUGCUCCUGCUGCCUCCACAUCUGCAGGGGAAGGCACCCCAGCUGCCCCUAAUGGAAGUCCAGCUCCUGCUUCCACAACUGGAGAAGGAGGUAGCCCAACAGGUUCCAGUGCAACAAGCACAGGUCCUGCUGUCUCCUCAGCUAGGGCUACUGGCAGCACAGAAGCACCUGCUGCUGGAAGCUCCUCUGCUGCUUCACCUGCUGCACCCACUGCUGGAACAAAUGUCCCAAGUGCUGCCUCUAGUGCAACCUCAGCUCCUGUCUCCUCCACAUCUGGACAAAGUGGCACCCAAGCAGCAGGACAAUCCAGCACCUCAGCCACUGCAGCCUCCACUGCAGGCAGAGCAGGAACCACCACAGCAGCCUCUCCUGAAACCUCAGCUCAGGCCUCCACAGCUGCAGGACACUCCACCACAGCAGGCCCUGCUGCAAGCUCAGCCCCUGCUUCCUCACAAACAGAAACUCCUGCUGCCUCCACAUCUGCAGGGGAAGGCACUUCAGCUGCCCCUAAUGGAACUCCAGCUCCUGCUUCCACAGUUCGAGAAGGAGGUAGCCCAACAGGUUCCAGUGCAACAAGCACAGGUCCUGCUGUCUCCUCAGUUGGGGCAACUGGCAGAACAGCAGCAACUGCUGCUGGAAGCUCUUCUGCUGCUAUUCCCGCUGCACCCACAGCUGACUCAAGUGUCCUGAUGGUUGUGUCUAGAUCAACUUCAGCUCCUGUCUCCUCCACAUCUGGACAAAGUGGCACCCCACCAGCAGGAACUGUAGGCACCUCACACACCGAAUCCUCCACUGUUGCAAUAGCUGGCACCACCACAGCAGCCUCUCAAGAAUCCUCAGCUCCAUCCUCCACAGCUUCAGGGCACUCCACCACAGCAGGCCCUGCUGCAAGCUCAGCUUCUGCUUCCUCACAAACAGAAAGUGCUGUCUUCAGAAGAGUCCCAGUUGUAACCUCAGCUCCUGCUAGUUCCACAUCUGGGAGAGCUGCCACCACCACCAACACCACCACCACCACCACCACCACAGAAGCUUCUGCUGGAUCCUCUGCUCCUGCUAGUUCCACAACUGGGAGAGCUGCCCCUACCACCGCCACCAUCAGGACCACCAACACCAUAGAAGCUUCUGCUGGAUCCUCUGCUCCUGCUGCCUCCACAUCUGCAGGGGAAGGCAGCCCAGCUGCCCCUAAUGGAAGUCCAGCUCCUGCUUCCACAGCUGGACAAGGAAGUAGCCCAACAGGUUCCAGUGCAACAAGCACAGGUCCUGCUGUCUCCUCAGCUAGGGCUACUGGCAGCACAGAAGCACCUGCUGCUGGAAGCUCCUCUGCUGCUUCACCUGCUGCACCCACUGCUGGAACAAAUGUCCCAAGUGCUGCCUCUAGUGCAGCUCCUGUCUCCUCCACAUCUGGACAAAGUGGCACCCAAGCAGCAGGACAAUCCAGCACCUCAGCCACUGCAGCCUCCACUGCAGGCAGAGCAGGCACCACCAUAGCAGCCUCUCCUGAAACCUCAGCUCAGGCCUCCACAGCUGCAGGACUCUCCACCACAGCAGGCCCUGCUACAAGCUCAGCCCCUGCUUCCUCACAAACAGAAAGUGCUGUCUUCAGAAGAGUCCCAGCUGUCACCUCAGCUCCUGCUAGUUCCACAUCUGGGAGAGCUGCCACUACCACCACCACCACAAACACUACAGAAGCUUCUGCUGGAUCCUCUGCUCCUGCUGCCUCCACAUCUGCAGGGGAAGGCACUUCAGCUGCCCCUAAUGGAACUCCAGCUCCUGCUUCCACAGUUCGAGAAGGAGGUAGCCCAACAGGUUCCAGUGCAACAAGCACAGGUCCUGCUGUCUCCUCAUUUGGGGCAACUGGCAGAACAGCAGCAACUGCUGCUGGAAGCUCCUCUGCUGCUAUUCCCGCUGCACCCACAGCUGACUCAAGUGUCCUGAUGGUUGUGUCUAGAUCAACUUCAGCUCCUGUCUCCUCCACAUCUGGACAAAGUGGCACCCAAGCAGCAGGACAAUCCAGCACCUCACACACUGCAGACUCCACUGCAGGCAGAGCAGGCACCACCACAGCAGCCUCUCCUGAAACCACAGCUCAGGCCUCCACAGCUGCAGGACACUCCACCACAGCAGGCCCUGCUGCAAGCUCAGCCCCUGCUUCCUCACAAACAGAAAGUGCUGUCUUCAGAAGAGUUCCAGCUGUCACCUCAGCUCCUGCUAGUUCCACAUCUCGGAGAGCUGCCACUACCAACACCACCACAAACACCACAGAAGCUUCUGCUGGAUCCUCUGCUCCUGCUGCCUCCACAUCUGCAGGGGAAGGCACUUCAGCUGCCCCUAAUGGAACUCCAGCUCCUGCUUCCACAGUUCGAGAAGGAGGUAGCCCAACAGGUUCCAGUGCAACAAGCACAGGUCCUGCUGUCUCCUCAGUUGGGGCAACUGGCAGAACAGCAGCAACUGCUGCUGGAAGCUCCUCUGCUGCUAUUCCCGCUGCACCCACAGCUGACUCAAGUGUCCUGAUGGUUGUGUCUAGAUCAACUUCAGCUCCUGUCUCCUCCACAUCUGGACAAAGUGGCACCCCACCAGCAGGAACUGUAGGCACCUCACACACCGAAUCCUCCACUGUUGCAAUAGCUGGCACCACCACAGCAGCCUCUCAAGAAUCCUCAGCUCCAUCCUCCACAGCUGCAGGGCACUCCACCACAGCAGGCCCUGCUGCAAACUCAGCUUCUGCUUCCUCACAAACAGAAAGUGCUGUCUUCAGAAGAGUCCCAGCUGUCACCUCAGCUCCUGCUAGUUCCACAUCUGGGAGAGCUGCCACCACCACCACCACCACCACCACCACAGAAGCUUCUGCUGGAUCCUCUGCUCCUGCUAGUUCCACAACUGGGAGAGCUGCCCCUACCACCGCCACCAUCAGGACCACCAACACCAUAGAAGCUUCUGCUGGAUCCUCUGCUCCUGCUGCCUCCACAUCUGCAGGUGAAGGCACCCCAGCUGCCCCUAAUGGAAGUCCAGCUCCUGCUUCCACAGCUGGAGAAGGAGGUAGCCCAACAGGUUCCAGUGCAACAAGCACAGGUCCUGCUGUCUCCUCAGCUAGGGCUACUGGCAGCACAGAAGCACCUGCUGCUGGAAGCUCCUCUGCUGCUUCACCUGCUGCACCCACUGCUGGAACAAAUGUCCCAAGUGCUGCCUCUAGUGCAACCUCAGCUCCUGUCUCCUCCACAUCUGGACAAAGUGGCACCCAAGCAGCAGGACAAUCCAGCACCUCAGCCACUGCAGCCUCCACUGCAGGCAGAGCAGGCACCACCACAGCAGCCUCUCCUGAAACCUCAGCUCAGGCCUCCACAGCUGCAGGACUCUCCACCACAGCAGGCCCUGCUGCAAGCUCAGCCCCUGCUUCCUCACAAACAGAAACUCCUGCUGCCUCCACAUCUGCAGGGGAAGGCACUUCAGCUGCCCCUAAUGGAACUCCAGCUCCUGCUUCCACAGUUCGAGAAGGAGGUAGCCCAACAGGUUCCAGUGCAACAAGCACAGGUCCUGCUGUCUCCUCAGUUGGGGCAACUGGCAGAACAGCAGCAACUGCUGCUGGAAGCUCCUCUGCUGCUAUUCCCGCUGCACCCACAGCUGACUCAAGUGUCCUGAUGGUUGUGUCUAGAUCAACUUCAGCUCCUGUCUCCUCCACAUCUGGACAAAGUGGCACCCCACCAGCAGGAACUGUAGGCACCUCACACAGCGAAUCCUCCACUGUUGCAAUAGCUGACACCACCACAGCAGCCUCUCAAGAAUCCUCAGCUCCAUCCUCCACAGCUGCAGGGCACUCCACCACAGCAGGCCCUGGUGCAAACUCAGCUUCUGCUUCCUCACAAACAGAAAGUGCUGCCUUAAGAAGAGUCCCAGUUGUCACCUCAGCUCCUGCUAGUUCCACAUCUGGGAGAGCUGCCACCACCACCACCACCACCACCACCACAACCACCACAGAAGCUUCUGCUGGAUCCUCUGCUCCUGCUAGUUCCACAACUGGGAGAGCUGCCACUACCACCACCACCAUCAGGACCACCAACACCAUAGAAGCUUCUGCUGGAUCCUCUGCUCCUGCUGCCUCCACAUCUGCAGGUGAAGGCACCCCAGCUGCCCCUAAUGGAAGUCCAGCUCCUGCUUCCACAGCUGGAGAAAUAGGUAGCCCAACAGGUUCCAGUGCAACAAGCACAGGUCCUGCUGUCUCCUCAGCUAGGGCUACUGGCAGCACAGAAGCACCUGCUGCUGGAAGCUCCUCUGCUGCUUCACCUGCUGCACCCACUGCUGGAACAAAUGUCCCAAGUGCUGCCUCUAGUGCAACCUCAGCUCCUGUCUCCUCCACAUCUGGACAAAGUGGCACCCAAGCAGCAGGACAAUCCAGCACCUCAGCCACUGCAGCCUCCACUGCAGGCAGAGCAGGCACCACCACAGCAGCCUCCCCUGAAACCUCAGCUCAGGCCUCCACAGCUGCAGGACACUCCACCACAGCAGGCCCUGCUGCAAGCUCAGCCCCUGCUUCCUCACAAACAGAAACUCCUGCUGCCUCCACAUCUGCAGGGGAAGGCACUUCAGCUGCCCCUAAUGGAACUCCAGCUCCUGCUUCCACAGUUCGAGAAGGAGGUAGCCCAACAGGUUCCAGUGCAACAAGCACAGGUCCUGCUGUCUCCUCAGUUGGGGCAACUGGCAGAACAGCAGCAACUGCUGCUGGAAGCUCCUCUGCUGCUAUUCCCGCUGCACCCACAGCUGACUCAAGUGUCCUGAUGGUUGUGUCUAGAUCAACUUCAGCUCCUGUCUCCUCCACAUCUGGACAAAGUGGCACCCCACCAGCAGGAACUGUAGGCACCUCACACACCGAAUCCUCCACUGUUGCAAUAGCUGACACCACCACAGCAGCCUCUCAAGAAUCCUCAGCUCCAUCCUCCACAGCUGCAGGGCACUCCACCAUAGCAGGCCCUGGUGCAAACUCAGCUUCUGCCUCCUCACAAACAGAAAGUGCUGCCUUAAGAAGAGUCCCAGUUGUCACCUCAGCUCCUGCUAGUUCCACAUCUGGGAGAGCUGCCACCACCACCACCACCACCACCACCACCACAACCACCACAGAAGCUUCUGCUGGAUCCUCUGCUCCUGCUAGUUCCACAACUGGGAGAGCUGCCACUACCACCGCCACCAUCAGGACCACCAACACCAUAGAAGCUUCUGCUGGAUCCUCUGCUCCUGCUGCCUACACAUCUGCAGGUGAAGGCACCCCAGCUGCCCCUAAUGGAAGUCCAGCUCCUGCUUCCACAGCUGGAGAAGGAGGUAGCCCAACAGGUUCCAGUGCAACAAGCACAGGUCCUGCUGUCUCCUCAGCUAGGGCUACUGGCAGCACAGAAGCACCUGCUGCUGGAAGCUCCUCUGCUGCUUCACCUGCUGCACCCACUGCUGGAACAAAUGUCCCAAGUGCUGCCUCUAGUGCAACCUCAGCUCCUGUCUCCUCCACAUCUGGACAAAGUGGCACCCAAGCAGCAGGACAAUCCAGCACCUCAGCCACUGCAGCCUCCACUGCAGGCAGAGCAGGCACCACCACAGCAGCCUCUCCUGAAACCUCAGCUCAGGCCUCCACAGCUGCAGGACUCUCCACCACAGCAGGCCCUGCUGCAAGCUCAGCCCCUGCUUCCUCACAAACAGAAAGUGCUGUCUUCAGAAGAGUCCCAGCUGUCACCUCAGCUCCUGCUAGUUCCACAUCUGGGAGAGCUGCCACUACCACCACCACCACAAACACCACAGAAGCUUCUGCUGGAUCCUCUGCUCCUGCUGCCUCCACAUCUGCAGGGGAAGGCACUUCAGCUGCCCCUAAUGGAACUCCAGCUCCUGCUUCCACAGUUCGAGAAGGAGGUAGCCCAACAGGUUCCAGUGCAACAAGCACAGGUCCUGCUGUCUCCCCAGUUGGGGCAACUGGCAGAACAGCAGCAACUGCUGCUGGAAGCUCCUCUGCUGCUAUUCCCGCUGCACCCACAGCUGACUCAAGUGUCCUGAUGGUUGUGUCUAGAUCAACUUCAGCUCCUGUCUCCUCCACAUCUGGACAAAGUGGCACCCCACCAGCAGGAACUGUAGGCACCUCACACACCGAAUCCUCCACUGUUGCAAUAGCUGACACCACCACAGCAGCCUCUCAAGAAUCCUCAGCUCCAUCCUCCACAGCUGCAGGGCACUCCACCAUAGCAGGCCCUGCUGCAAGCUCAGCUUCUGCUUCCUCACAAACAGAAAGUGCUGCCUUAAGAAGAGUCCCAGUUGUCACCUCAGCUCCUGCUAGUUCCACAUCUGGGAGAGCUGCCACCACCACCACCACCACCACCACCACAACCACCACAGAAGCUUCUGCUGGAUCCUCUGCUCCUGCUAGUUCCACAACUGGGAGAGCUGCCACUACCACCACCACCAUCAGGACCACCAACACCAUAGAAGCUUCUGCUGGAUCCUCUGCUCCUGCUGCCUCCACAUCUGCAGGUGAAGGCACCCCAGCUGCCCCUAAUGGAAGUCCAGCUCCUGCUUCCACAGCUGGAGAAAUAGGUAGCCCAACAGGUUCCAGUGCAACAAGUACAGGUCCUGCUGUCUCCUCAGCUAGGGCUACUGGCAGCACAGAAGCACCUGCUGCUGGAAGCUCCUCUGCUGCUUCACCUGCUGCACCCACUGCUGGAACAAAUGUCCCAAGUGCUGCCUCUAGUGCAACCUCAGCUCCUGUCUCCUCCACAUCUGGACAAAGUGGCACCCAAGCAGCAGGACAAUCCAGCACCUCAGCCACUGCAGCCUCCACUGCAGGCAGAGCAGGAACCACCACAGCAGCCUCUCCUGAAACCUCCGCUCAGGCCUCCACAGCUGCAGGACACUCCACCACAGCAGGCCCUGCUGCAAGCUCAGCCCCUGCUUCCUCACAAACAGAAACUCCUGCUGCCUCCACAUCUGCAGGGGAAGGCACUUCAGCUGCCCCUAAUGGAACUCCAGCUCCUGCUUCCACAGUUCGAGAAGGAGGUAGCCCAACAGGUUCCAGUGCAACAAGCACAGGUCCUGCUGUCUCCUCAGUUGGGGCAACUGGCAGAACAGCAGCAACUGCUGCUGGAAGCUCCUCUGCUGCUAUUCCCGCUGCACCCACAGCUGACUCAAGUGUCCUGAUGGUUGUGUCUAGAUCAACUUCAGCUCCUGUCUCCUCCACAUCUGGACAAAGUGGCACCCCACCAGCAGGAACUGUAGGCACCUCACACACCGAAUCCUCCACUGUUGCAAUAGCUGACACCACCACAGCAGCCUCUCAAGAAUCCUCAGCUCCAUCCUCCACAGCUGCAGGGCACUCCACCAUAGCAGGCCCUGGUGCAAACUCAGCUUCUGCUUCCUCACAAACAGAAAGUGCUGCCUUAAGAAGAGUCCCAGUUGUCACCUCAGCUCCUGCUAGUUCCACAUCUGGGAGAGCUGCCACCACCACCACCACCACCACCACCACAACCACCACAGAAGCUUCUGCUGGAUCCUCUGCUCCUGCUAGUUCCACAACUGGGAGAGCUGCCACUACCACCACCACCAUCAGGACCACCAACACCAUAGAAGCUUCUGCUGGAUCCUCUGCUCCUGCUGCCUCCACAUCUGCAGGGGAAGGCACCCCAGCUGCCCCUAAUGGAAGUCCAGCUCCUGCAUCCACAGCUGGAGAAAUAGGUAGCCCAACAGGUUCCAGUGCAACAAGCACAGGUCCUGCUGUCUCCUCAGCUAGGGCUACUGGCAGCACAGAAGCACCUGCUGCUGGAAGCUCCUCUGCUGCUUCACCUGCUGCACCCACUGCUGGAACAAAUGUCCCAAGUGCUGCCUCUAGUGCAACCUCAGCUCCUGUCUCCUCCACAUCUGGGCAAAGUGGCACCCAAGCAGCAGGACAAUCCAGCACCUCAGCCACUGCAGCCUCCACUGCAGGCAGAGCAGGAACCACCACAGCAGCCUCUCCUGAAACCUCCGCUCAGGCCUCCACAGCUGCAGGACACUCCACCACAGCAGGCCCUGCUGCAAGCUCAGCCCCUGCUUCCUCACAAACAGAAACUCCUGCUGCCUCCACAUCUGCAGGGGAAGGCACUUCAGCUGCCCCUAAUGGAACUCCAGCUCCUGCUUCCACAGUUCGAGAAGGAGGUAGCCCAACAGGUUCCAGUGCAACAAGCACAGGUCCUGCUGUCUCCUCAGUUGGGGCAACUGGCAGAACAGCAGCAACUGCUGCUGGAAGCUCCUCUGCUGCUAUUCCCGCUGCACCCACAGCUGACUCAAGUGUCCUGAUGGUUGUGUCUAGAUCAACUUCAGCUCCUGUCUCCUCCACAUCUGGACAAAGUGGCACCCCACCAGCAGGAACUGUAGGCACCUCACACAGCGAAUCCUUCACUGCUGCAAUAGCUGGCACCACCACAGCAGCCUCUCAUGAAUCCUCAGCUCCAUCCUCCACAGCUGCAGGGCACUCCACCACAGCAGGCCCUGGUGCAAACUCAGCUUCUGCUUCCUCACAAACAGAAAGUGCUGCCUUAAGAAGAGUCCCAGUUGUCACCUCAGCUCCUGCUAGUUCCACAUCUGGGAGAGCUGCCACCACCACCACCACCACCACCACCACAACCACCACAGAAGCUUCUGCUGGAUCCUCUGCUCCUGCUAGUUCCACAACUGGGAGAGCUGCCACUACCACCACCACCAUCAGGACCACCAACACCAUAGAAGCUUCUGCUGGAUCCUCUGCUCCUGCUGCCUCCACAUCUGCAGGUGAAGGCACCCCAGCUGCCCCUAAUGGAAGUCCAGCUCCUGCAUCCACAGCUGGAGAAAUAGGUAGCCCAACAGGUUCCAGUGCAACAAGCACAGGUCCUGCUGUCUCCUCAGCUAGGGCUACUGGCAGCACAGAAGCACCUGCUGCUGGAAGCUCCUCUGCUGCUUCACCUGCUGCACCCACUGCUGGAACAAAUGUCCCAAGUGCUGCCUCUAGUGCAACCUCAGCUCCUGUCUCCUCCACAUCUGGGCAAAGUGGCACCCAAGUAGCAGGACAAUCCAGCACCUCAGCCACUGCAGCCUCCACUGCAGGCAGAGCAGGAACCACCACAGCAGCCUCUCCUGAAACCUCAGCUCAGGCCUCCACAGCUGCAGGACACUCCACCACAGCAGGCCCUGCUGCAAGCUCAGCCCCUGCUUCCUCACAAACAGAAAGUGCUGUCUUCAGAAGAGUCCCAGCUGUCACCUCAGCUCCUGCUAGUUCCACAUCUGGGAGAGCUGCCACUACCACCACCACCACAAACACCACAGAAGCUUCUGCUGGAUCCUCUGCUCCUGCUGCCUCCACAUCUGCAGGGGAAGGCACUUCAGCUGCCCCUAAUGGAACUCCAGCUCCUGCUUCCACAGUUCGAGAAGGAGGUAGCCCAACAGGUUCCAGUGCAACAAGCACCUCACACAGCGAAUCCUUCACUGCUGCAAUAGCUGGCACCACCACAGCAGCCUCUCAUGAAUCCUCAGCUCCAUCCUCCACAGCUGCAGGGCACUCCACCACAGCAGGCCCUGGUGCAAACUCAGCUUCUGCUUCCUCACAAACAGAAAGUGCUGCCUUAAGAAGAGUCCCAGUUGUCACCUCAGCUCCUGCUAGUUCCACAUCUGGGAGAGCUGCCACCACCACCACCACCACCACCACCACAACCACCACAGAAGCUUCUGCUGGAUCCUCUGCUCCUGCUAGUUACACAACUGGGAGAGCUGCCACUACCACCACCACCAUCAGGACCACCAACACCAUAGAAGCUUCUGCUGGAUCCUCUGCUCCUGCUGCCUCCACAUCUGCAGGUGAAGGCACCCCAGCUGCCCCUAAUGGAAGUCCAGCUCCUGCAUCCACAGCUGGAGAAAUAGGUAGCCCAACAGGUUCCAGUGCAACAAGCACAGGUCCUGCUGUCUCCUCAGCUAGGGCUACUGGCAGCACAGAAGCACCUGCUGCUGGAAGCUCCUCUGCUGCUUCACCUGCUGCACCCACUGCUGGAACAAAUGUCCCAAGUGCUGCCUCUAGUGCAACCUCAGCUCCUGUCUCCUCCACAUCUGGACAAAGUGGCACCCAAGUAGCAGGACAGUCCAGCACCUCAGCCACUGCAGCCUCCACUGCAGGCAGAGCAGGCACCACCACAGCAGCCUCUCCUGAAACCUCAGCUCAGGCCUCCACAGCUGCAGGACUCUCCACCACAGCAGGCCCUGCUGCAAGCUCAGCCCCUGCUUCCUCACAAACAGAAAGUGCUGUCUUCAGAAGAGUCCCAGCUGUCACCUCAGCUCCUGCUAGUUCCACAUCUGGGAGAGCUGCCACUACCACCACCACCACAAACACCACAGAAGCUUCUGCUGGAUCCUCUGCUCCUGCUGCCUCCACUUCUGCAGGGGAAGGCACUUCAGCUGCCCCUAAUGGAACUCCAGCUCCUGCUUCCACAGUUCGAGAAGGAGGUAGCCCAACAGGUUCCAGUGCAACAAGCACAGGUCCUGCUGUCUCCUCAGUUGGGGCAACUGGCAGAACAGCAGCAACUGCUGCUGGAAGCUCCUCUGCUGCUAUUCCCGCUGCACCCACAGCUGACUCAAGUGUCCUGAUGGUUGUGUCUAGAUCAAAUUCAGCUCCUGUCUCCUCCACAUCUGGAGAAAGUGGCACCCCACCAGCAGGAACUGUAGGCACCUCACACACAGAAUCUUCCACUGUUGCAAUAGCUGGCACCACCACAGCAGCCUCUCAAGAAUCCUCAGCUCCAUCCUCCACAGCUGCAGGGCACUCCACCACAGCAGGCCCUGGUGCAAACUCAGCUUCUGCUUCCUCACAAACAGAAAGUGCUGUCUUCAGAAGAGUCCCAGCUGUCACCUCAGCUCCUGCUAGUUCCACAUCUGGGAGAGCUGCCACCACCACCACCACCACAACCACCACAGAAGCUUCUGCUGGAUCCUCUGCUCCUGUUCCCUCUACAUCUGCAGGGGAAGUCACCCCAGCUGCCCCUAAUGGAAGUCCUGCUCCUGCUUCCACAGCUGGAGAAACAGCCAGCCUAAUGGGCUCCAGUCCAGCAAGCACAGGUCCUCCUGUCUCCUCAGCUAGGGCUACUGGCAGCACUGCAGCACCUGCUGCUCGAAGCUCCUUUGCUGCUUCUCCUGCUGCACCCACUGCUGGAACAAAUGUCCCAAGUGCUGCCUCUAGUGCAACCUCAGCUCCUGUCUUCUCCACAUCUGGACAAAGUGGCACCCAAGCAGCAGGAACUGUAGGCACCUCACACACGGAAUCCUCCAAUGUUGCAAUAGCUAGCACCACCACAGCAGCCUCUCAUGAAUCCUCAGCUCCAUCCUCCAUAGCUGCAGGGCACUCCACCACAGCAGGCCCUGCUGCAAGCUCAGCUCCUUCUGCCUUCCUGACUGAAGCAGCUAGUCCCACACCUGGAUCAGCUCUCACCCAAGCUCUUUCUAGUUUCACACCUGUCACCAAAGUCCUGAGUGCAGUUUCUUCUUUCAAAUCCUCCGCCUUCACCUCCUCUGGAAGUCUUCUUACCACAGCAUCUUCUAUCCCAGUUCUUUCGAGUCCCUCUGUCAUUAAAACAGCAGGGACGACAGGAAUCUCAGCCAAAUCAAAUGUAACAACAGGAAGAACUACCAGUACACCAGGUAGUAACAAUGUAGCCCCAGGGAUCACAACCAGCCCCAACAUAUCCCAGACAGAGUGUCCAGGCACGCUCCCACCAGCCCCAGUGUGUCAAGGCCCACUGGGAGAAGAGAAAUCUCCUGGAGACGUAUGGACAUCAAAUUGCCAUCAGUGUACCUGCACCGAAGCACAGGCGGUAGAUUGCAAACCUAAAGAAUGUCCUUCUCCACCCACAUGCAAAGCCGGAGAGAGGCUAGUGAGGUUCAAAUCGAAUGAUUCCUGCUGUGACAUUAGCCACUGUGAACCAAGAACGUGUUUAUUUAACAAUACUGAUUAUGCGAUUGGUUCGUCCUUUGAGGACCCCAGCAACCCAUGUCUCUCCUACACCUGCAACGCCACAGGCUUGGUGGCCGUGGUUCAAGACUGUCCGAAGCAAACAUGGUGUGCAGAAGAAGAAAGAAUCUACGAUUCAAAUAAAUGUUGCUAUAAAUGUAAUAAUGACUGCAGGACUACUCCUGUGAACGUGACCAUUAGGUACAACGGUUGUAGGAAGAGGAUCGAGAUGGCAAGAUGUGUAGGAGAGUGCAAAAGGACCGUCAAGUACAAUUAUAAGACCUAUCAAUUGGAGAAUUCCUGCUCUUGCUGCCGUGAAGAAAACUAUGAGUUCAGGGACAUUGAUCUUGACUGUUCAGAUGGCAGCAUCAUCUCUUACAGAUACAGGCACACUACCACCUGCUCCUGUCUGAACCAGUGUGAACAGUCUACAGCAAGUUAA